AUCGACAUGCAGCGUGGUUCUUUUCAUAUGUUACAAUGAAUAUAUGCUGAUAGAUAUGUAAGAAAAUGCUACAGGGAAAGAUGUGCUUGUGUGGACAGCAAGAUGUGUCUCAUCCCACUGCUGGACUUGGCACCAUUCAGGAAAUAAAAUAUUGGACAACAUGAUGGCAUCUCCAGUACCGUGUGGAAACAUGAAAUAAUGAAAAGGCCGGUUUAUGAAACUUUGGAACUGAACAAGUUAGGAUUUUGAGCGAAAUUUGAAAAUGGGAACUAUAUCUGAUGUAAACUAUAUGAAAUGCAAAUUUAAUCCAUAAAUGCUUGAUGCCACUCCAAUCGUCAAUAAGAUUUACCUUAGAAAAUCAGGCAACGUCUUGAGUUUCUUUAGAAUAUUACAAAUUGUAUGUAAAUCAAGUAUAACAUGUUCGUCAAUUUGGGGAUGGUUUUCUGAAAACACAUCUAGAACACACUGGCUCUCGAGUUUAAUAAUUCUAAUUGGAUCAGUUUGGAUUGCAAGAGUAGCUACUGGAUUCGAGACAUCUGUUCUGAAAGGUAUUCUUUCUUCAAAGAAUAUUUCAGGAAUUAGCUUGGAUGCAAAAGCAAAACCAAAUAUGGUUCUAUGUAUUGCUCAGCACCUUUGAACUCAUUAGAGACCCACUAUUCAGUGAUUGCUGAUCAUGAGGCUAAUGGACGAAAUGGCUGUUCGGAAAGCCCUGAGGAGAAACAGGCUCUGCAGGGAUUUUCUAAACUCUGUCUCAUACCAAAUAUGCUGCUGCUGUGGACCAUCUCCAUGCUCCUUGUGCUGCCAAUCCUGUCCCAGCAUUAAAGCAUCCACUGGUACCAGAGUACUGUAUACGUUCUUCCACAUUAUGGCCUCCACAGUCUGCUGCCUCAUGCUCUCCAGAAAGGUGUCAGAGGCUGUCAAGGAAAAUGUGCCUUGGCUUUCUCUUCUAUGCAAGCACCUUCCUGGAGGAUCGGACUGUGAUAUCCUUGUAGGGUAUACGGCUGUGUACAGGGUUUGCUUUGGAACAGCGUCUUUCUAUUUCAUCCAGUCCGUGUUCCUUCUGAAUGUGAAAUCUACACAAGAAUUCCGAGCAAUGGUUCAUAAUGGGUUUUGGUUUUUAAAGUUUCUGAUUUUAAUUGGAAUGUGUGUGGCAGCAUUCUUCAUUCCCAGUGAAUCUUUUAUAAAAGUCUGGCACUAUGUUGGGAUGUGUGGUGGAUUCUCUUUCGUCCUCAUUCAACUGAUUCUUAUAACUGCUUUUGCUCACACUUGGAACAAGAAUUGGCUGACAGGGGCAUCUAAAGACAAACGCUGGUACAUUGCCGUUCUGAUGGCCACAUUGCUAUUUUAUUCCAUGGCGUCUUUGGCUUUCUAUUUCUUGUAUACAUACUUUACUCAUCCGGCUGGCUGUCUGCUGAACAAAGGCCUGAUAAGCAUUAACAUUGGAUUGUGUAUAAUCAUGUCCUUCAUUUCGAUCACACCUUGUGUCCAGCUCAAACAGCCCCGAUCUGGACUGCUCCAGGCAUCCAUCAUCAGCUGCUACGUUACCUACCUCACCUUUUCAGCUCUGUCGAGCCGGCCCCCAGAAAGAGUACAGUACAAAGGGGAAAAUCUCACAGUUUGUUAUCCGAGUAUCAGUAGAGAUGGGCUGCAAACAGAAGACGCUUCUAUUGCCAUCAUUGGUGCGGCCAUCAUGUACGCAUGUGUCUUGUUCGCAUGUAACGAAGCAUCCUAUCUUGCAGAGAUGUUUGGCCCAAUGUGGAUGAUUAAAGUGUACACCUAUGAGUUCCAGAAAGCAUCUUGCUGUUUCUGUUGUCCAGAAGAGGAUGAAGAUGGAGGAGAGCGCACCUGUGAGGAAAAUGAGGAUAACUGUGGUGGGCAGACGGUAAUACAUGAUGAACGUGAGCGUGUUAUCUACAGCUAUUCCUUUUUCCACUUCGUUUUCGUUCUUGCCUCGCUCUAUGUGAUGAUGACGCUCACCAACUGGUUCAGGUGCGCAUUCCGAACAUUCUCAGCUAUGAAAAUUCAUCUCUGGAGACAAUUUUCACUCAUGGCAGUUGGCCCACUUUCUGGAUCAAAGCGGCAUCUUGCUGGACAUGUGUCCUUCUUUACUUGUGGAUACUCCUGGCCCCAACAUGUUUUUCAGGAUCUGGACAGACUCACAGGAAUGGCCCACCACAGCACAUCAUGCGAAAGAGAGCGUUCAGGAGAGUGACAGUAUCGAAAUGACAUCACUGUCAACAUGAGGAACAUUUACCUGAAAUGUCUGCUAACUGAUAACCAUGAAGCAGCAGUGUAUAUAAACGAAGCAAGAACUGAUUAAGCUAACUGAAACUCUAAAUGACGAAGUCCAACAGUUGCUUGGACCAUGCAGGAUUAUAUGGACAGAUGACAAUAGGUUGCUUCCUGUUGCAAUAAGACUUUAAUGUUUUUGGUCAACAUGUGUAGAUAAUUAUCCAGCUCAGUUGCUGAUGCAUUAAAUUAUGUGACUGCUUCAGAACCAAUGAAGACACCAAGCUGUCACUGAUUGUGCUACCUGGAUAUGUAAGGCAGAUCGAAUUCUUUGUUAGAUAUUCUUUAGCUGUCAAGAUCUCAUACUUUUCAAAAUCUUCCACUCCUGAAUCUGGGCAAGCACACCCUUGCCCAUCAAAUUUGUGUCAAUAAAUUCUUCUAGUGAUGAUAUAUCCGGGCUGGUAGUAUUUGCCCCAUAAACAUGCAUAGAUGAGGUUCUUGUAAAGCCAUCUUAUAUCUAAAUAUCAGUAGCCUUAUGGCACAAUUCCCCUGUAGAAUAAUAUUUGUCCCCAAGACUGAAGGCUAUUAGGAAAACAAGCAAAUCAUACAAUCCAAUCAAUAAUUAAUUCUUGUUGACCUUACUGUGGUGUAUUGCAGAUACUGUUAAAGCUGUGCUGAAGUUGACAGUAUUGUAACAUGAGGAUAUGGUGCUAACAUAUUUCCUUAGCAGUGUUUUCUGGGCCUCUACAAAGCUCACUAAGGUUAAGCAGUGAAAAUGCAGCUUGGUGGAAAAUCUCUAAUGAACAGAAAUUCCAACAAUGAUGACCCCCCUCCAUUCUUCAUGAAAAAGGCAGUAAAAUGCUCACAAACUGAAUGAAUGACACUUAUUUACAAAGCUUGUUUUUAUACGACACUGUCUUGUGUGCUUAUUGAUGGUUUGAUUUUUGAGAACGGCUUGAGCUAUUUGCACAAUCUAGUGUUUCAAAUGCUUUAUUCUCCUUUUUAGCAGCCCAAAUGCUAAAAAGAAAGUUUUGCAGAGAAGAUAUCCUGGGAUUAAAUCCUGUAGAAUUGUCGCCUACAGGCAACACAAUAAAGCUUGCAUCCUAGCUGUGCAGUCUGCAUACCUCUGCUUUCAUUUAUACAUAAUGAGAUUACAGCAGCAAAGCUACCUGAAGUGUCCCCCAAAGCCUUGAGCAUAAUUCCUUCGAAGGAAUUACCUUGAUUCGCAUAGGCAAGCUAGAUUUAAAUUGGAAUUACUGCUCCCUUCAUGUGAAAACUCCUCCUAGCAGGGUGAGCUGUCCAGUAAUUUUGUUUUAUUAUAGUCUGGGUCAGUGAUGAAUAACCGAGUCACUGUACAGGUUUGUGAACUAACGUUCUCAUAGUUAAUAGGAAUGUAUUUCACAAGACUAUGCAGUGCCAAGCUAUGUCAUGACUGGUCUGGACAAUUAGACCUCGUUAAAGAGAAAGUUCUUACACAUGCAGGUGACAGGUGUGAUAAUACCGACACUUGCACUAGGUUUAUAAAAUCUAAAAAUAAAUGACAAUAGGCAUGAUUACAUUUAAAUCGUUAAAGAUACAUUUACUUUGUCCAUGAAGGCAUAUCGGGGCAGUCUCUCCCAAUUAACCCUUUACUUUGUAUUUAGAAUCAUAACUACCGUAUUUACUAAAGAUGAUAAUCUAUUGACCAAUCUAGCCUGAUCUUUAUAAAAAAAAAUUAUUUUAGUCUUAUUGUUGACGAUAGCCUUAUGCACACUUUAAGCAUUCUUGAAUUCAUUUACUGUUAAUAUUUCCUACUUUUCCUAACAAACUAUUACAGGUAUCUGCUAUCUUUUCUGUUCUCUAUGUGUGUAGCAUCAGCACAGACUAGAUUGUCAUUGUCGCAAGACAUGUAAAAAUGUAAUUAAGGAUGUGUGUGUUUUCUGUUUAUUUUGUAGUCCUUUAGUAUGUAUUAGAAUUGAGUAACGGCGAUAGCAUGCUCUCAAGGCAUUUGCAGAAAAGCACCCACUGCUGGAAACACCUUUGGGACUUACACCUACAUGGGGCUUCUUUCCAUUUUUGCAAUCAUUCAUCGUCAAGUUGGUAAUCUCCGGCUGUUGCUAAAGUUGGCGAAUCUUCGCUGUAUCCACGCUCUAAAAAUUCUGUUUUAACAACUGGUAAUUAGUGGCUGGUGAAAGUUUUAACUUUGCAAGUUUUAAGUCUCCCAUUGAGUUAAUUUGCAGAUGAUGAAUGCUAACAUCUGGUUUCCAUGCUAGAUGUAAAAAAUUAUCACCUGCCACCUGCCCCAUUCUAGGUGUAAAGAGGAAAAGACAAAUUAAUGACUGCAAACUUUCCUGAGUUUAAAAAAAAUGCUAAGUGAUUUUUAGUGUCAGUAGAAACAAAUGUAAACAGAGUUCAGACAUUAAAGGAUCACUAUAGUGUCAGGAAAACAAAGUGUUUUUCCUGACACUAUAGUGCCCUGAGGGUGCCCCCACCCUCAGGGUCCCCCUCCUGUGGCGCUGAAGGGGUUAAAACCCCUUCAGCAGCUUACCUUAAUCCAGCGCCGGGCUCCCUCGGCGCUGGUGACCUCUCCUCACCGCCCGACGUCAGCUCCUUAAUGGAGCGGAAUGCGCAUGUGCGGCAAGUGCUGUGCGCGCAUUCGAAUGCUGCGCGCGCAUUCAAGGAGUCCACAGGAAAGCAUUUCUCAAUGCUUUCCUAUGGACGCUGUGCGCGAUGGAUGCAAAAUUCAUGACAGCCAAUAGAGGCUGGAAU